AUGACGCUGGAUCCAAUCGAGCUAAAUUCACGCCGCGUCGAUCCUCAUUCGUCGAAUUCGUCGAGUCCUAUUGUCGCCAACACCUGAGCUUCGCAUCCCGCCAAUCUACAUUUCCCCGUUCUUGAAAAAAGGGGGACGACUCGGGGUGUCAUCUGGCCCUGCCACCAGAAGUCAACGAAUGCCGACUCGGUACCUCCCGCUCGGCGACAAGCACGCCGGCGUGAUCGCGGUGGCCACUUGUGCAACGGUGAGUCGUCGAUUCGGUCUCCGCGGGAGGCCGGGGAGGGGAGGAUUGUCACUCGACAAUUGACGCCGCCCGCUCGAUGGCGUCUCGGCACAUGGAAGUACGACUUGCUGACACGACCAAGCACCUCUAUAACCCCUUCUCCACAGCUGUCGCUCCUGUCGAUCCUGCUAUUGGUGCUGUACAGCGCUUGGCUCGUUUGUCACCACUUCAGGCGCUCGGCGAGCGAACGAGCAUCGACCUCGCGAGGGAUCGUGUUCCUCACGUCGAAUCAUGGCAUCUUCUUUUUAUCCCUAAUUGCGGGAGAUCUGUUCCAAGCCAUCGGCUUCAGCAUGAACUGGACGUGGAUCGCACGGGGAGGGUUGCCAAGCCCCGUGAACGAGACGUGCACAACACAAGGUCGGUCUCGUUCGAGCUCGUUCCCAGCGAAUCCCAGUGGGCAUGGUUGCUAAAUUUGUCUUUGGAACCGUCGCACGUUAUUACAGCGGUCUUUAUUCAAAUCGGGGAUCUUGCAUCGGCGUUCUCAUCUUUAUCCAUCGCGCUGUUCAUCUUUUGUGAGCCCGAACCUUGUCGCCUCCUCGUUGCCGAAGUUCGAGGAGGACCCGAGCCUUGAUGAAAGCGUGCUGAUGCUCGACGUCUACUUUCCAUCUCACUCAGCCAUCUUUGUGCUGUCGUACACACCGUCGACCCCAGUCGUCUACGGUUACAUCGCUUCGGUCUGGACUGUUACAGGAAUCAUGGCCGGGAUCGGACCUGCACGACUUGGAUCGCGAGAAAGUCCCUUCUACGGCAUCGCCGGUGGAUGGUGUUGGAUCGCGCAGUCGCACCAGAUUUGGCGCCUGUGGUUACACUAUUUUUGGGUCUUCCUCGUCGCCGGCAUUAACCUGAUCGCCUACUCCUUCAUCGCUCUCCAAAUCGUCCGACGAAGGCGACGAGCCCUUUCCUCAUCCAACAAAUUCGGUACUACCGUUGCACCAACGAAGGCAGGAGCGAAUCUCGGAGGAUCGAAUUGCAUCGCAGCGAUCAUGCUCAUCUACCCUUUAGUGUACCUCCUCACGAUUCUCCCCAUCUCGGUCUACCGUUUCGCCCUCCUCUCAGGCAAGACACCACCGAUCCACUACGCCCUAGCAGGAGGGUGUGUGUUCACCCUGAGCGGGAUGAUCAAUUGUCUCGUCUACGCCUCGACGAGGAAUAUCGUGUCCUUCUCGUCCCUACGAAGGAAAGGGUCCGCAGUGACUGGUGCAGGGAUGGUUCAGUUUCCCCAAGGAGGGAUGGAAGGCUUAGGACCGACGAUUUCGUUUCGAAGGCCAAGUAUGGCCGAUUUUCAGGCUUCGCUGCUUAGUGAGACGAGUGGGAGCGUCAGUGGGAGUUUACUUGGCUCGGGGGAGAGAGGGGGUCGGUCGGUGAAUCUGAUGGGGACGUCUUCGUCGGGGUCGCAUCGCGGAGAAAAUUUUGGGGAAUUGAGUGGUGGUGGUGGAGUCGGAGUCGGGGCGAGGUCGAUGAAUGAGGCUACCAAGAUCUCGAUGGGGGGUCUCGGAAUGAUUCUUUGGGUGCGUUCUCUUGCGUUCUUUUGGGUGUGCUCCGUAGGUUGAGUCGGUGUUCGCAUCAAGCUGAAUGCUAAUAUAUUCUCAUCUCUUCCCCAUCUGAAACAGAAGCCGUCCUGGAAUCCCAACACGGCAGUUCAGGCGCAACGCUCUUCCAUACCCAUCCAAGCGGAGGGACCAAAAUCCCCUCACCCACCAGCAUAAGCCAUGGUACCACACCCAACACGACGCCACCGGCACCGGCACCAUCAGAGAUGGAUCUCGAAGAUCUCUCCAUUUUUGAAAGUGGGUAUGAUCGAGAUUGA